AUGGCCGAGCGGGCCGCUGCCCAGGCUCCAGAAUGGGACAUGGAGUCCGAGCACUGGCCUCUUUCACAGCCCCACGCUGUCCCCCGACGGACUUCUGCGAGAGAAACCCCGCUGCACACGGCGGAGAUCUCCCUGACUCUAGUCGCUGCCAUUCAAGCUGUGGAGAGAAAAGUGGAUGCUCACGCCAUCCGGUUGCUGAAUCUGGAAGGGAGAACAGGGACGGCUGAGAAGAAAUUGAUAGGUUGUGAGAAAACCGUGGUGGAGUUUGGGAACCAGCUGGAGAGUAAGUGGGCCGUGCUGGAGACUCUGAUCCAGGAGUACGGGGUCCUGCAGAGGAGGCUGGAGAACAUGGAGAACCUGCUGAAGAACAGGAACUUCUGGAUCCUGAGACUUCCCCCAGGCACUAAGGGGGACGUCCCCAAGGUCCCCGGGCCGUUUGAUGACGUCUCCGUCUAUUUCUCCGAGCAGGAGUGGGAGAACUUAGACGGAGGGCAGAAGGAGCUGUACAAGAACGUGAUGAAGGGGAAUUACGAGACCCUGAUCUCGCUGGACUACGCCGUCUCCAAACCCGACAUCGUGUCCCAGAUAGAGCAGGGGGAGGAGCCGUGUGUCAGAGAUCGGGAGGACUCCGAGAGCAGAGAGAUCCCUCCGGAGCCCUGCUCGGAUAGCAGGGUGGUGGUCAAAGUGGAGGAGGAGAGCCCUGAGGAGGAGCCGGAGAACAUGGAGCUACAAAGGACAUUGCCGGAAAUGGAGGUUUUCCAGUGUCUGGAGCAGGGAACGACCCGUGAGGAGAGUCUGUGCAGCCCCGAGAGGGUGCCAGCGGACCUGCCCGGAAACGGCCUGGAGGAGCCGACUCGGUGCGGGACAGACCCCCAGGAGCUCAAGCCGUUGCUUGUUCACCUGCAGAGCCCCGCGGCAGCCAGGCUGUUCGUCUGCGCCGAGUGUGGGAAGAGCUUCCGCAGCCGGCAGCAUCUCACCCUGCAUCAGAGGGACCACGCGGGAGCAGGGGCCUGCCUGCCGCAGCCCAGGGAGAGCUUUGCCCUGAAACCCGGCCCCAGACCCCACCCCGGGGCCCAGGCGGGAGGCAAACCCUACAAGUGCUCCGAGUGCGAGCGCAGCUUCUGCCACAAGUCCAGCCUGCGGAAGCACCACCUGGCGCACACCGGGGAGCGGCCCUACACCUGCGCCGAGUGCCGGAAGAGCUUCAAGCAGAGGGUGAGCUUGGUGCUGCACCAGCGGAUCCACUCGGGGAGGAGCGAAGGCUCCUUCAUCUGCACGCAGUGCGGCAAGUACUUCAGCCACCACUCCAACCUGACGCGGCACCUGCGCAUCCACACGGGGGAGCGGCCCUACAAGUGCACCGAGUGCGAGAAGAGCUUCACGCGCAACCAGUACCUGGUGGAGCACCAGCGCAUGCACGCGGGCGAGCGCCCCUAUCACUGCGCCGAGUGCGGCAAGAGCUUCCGUUACAAGCGCUCGCUCUACUACCACCAGAACAUCCACCCCGGGAAGGGCUUCCCCGGGCCGGGGCCAGGGCCGGGCCACGUGGGGUAA